AACAAGGAAUACAUGAAUAUUUAGUCAAAAUGACACAAAUAUAUGUAUACGUAUCGAAUACUAACAGUAACAGGAAGAUGGUAUUUCGGCCUUUGGAGAUGAUUUGUUGCGCCAAUAAAUUAGACCAUUUGGAGAUGAAUUCCCUUUGAAGGAAGUUUUUACAGUGCUUUCUAGCUUGGAUCCCAACAAAUAGGCUCGACUUUUUAGGAAGGAAGAAAAAGGACACACGUUGAAAAUAAUCACCCCCACCGAAAAGAUACCUCCAACACCCUUUUUCAAAUCUCAACCUUUCAAAUGUUACUCAUGUGAGAAAGACCUUUCCUUUUCUAAACCCCAUUUUUUUCACUCCAACAUCACCAAUGCUACCUUCCUCACAACCCUUUCUCGCUCUCUUUCUCUCCGUCUUUCUCAUCCCCCAAACACUCUCCGACCAUGUCAUCCCCACCAACGGCACGUGCCGCCAAACCUGCGGUACGAUCCCCGUGAAAUACCCUUUUGGCAGCGCAUUUGGCUGCGGCCACCCGGACUUUUCCAGGUAUAUAAAAUGCAAUGCCAACACUCUCCAACUCUCAACAGCCACAGGCAUUUACACCAUCUCCUCCAUAGACUACCCAAGCAACACCAUAAUCAUCACAGACCCUCUCAUGUCAACCUGCUCUUCCAUGCAAAACUCUGGCAGUUUCAGCCUUGACAAGGCCAGCCCUUUCACCAUCUCAGAUGAGAAUAUCUUUGCUCUCCUGGGGUGCUCCACAACCUCUCCUCUUUUCGACCCGGAUGAAGAUCUCUGCGAUACGGGCUCGGGUUCUCGGGUUUGUAGGGGUUUGUACUCUUGUAAAGGCGUUUCAGGAAUUGGGUUGCCUCAGAAUGGUCCCAUUAACACAUGUUGUGUUUAUGACUCUUUGGCCACUGUUGGUUCUGGCUAUACUCUUGAUCUUCCCAAGUUUCAGUGCUCUUCUUAUACCUCCAUUUAUGAGUUUGGUGAUGAAGGUGAUCCGACCAAAUGGGGGUUUGGAAUCUCUUUGCAGUAUAAUGAUUCUUAUUACACCAGUACGUGUAGUGAGUGUGAAGAGAGUGAAGGUGUUUGUGGUUUUGCUGGUUUGGAUCAGUCCUUUACUUGCGUUUGCCCCAAUGGGAUUAACACCACCAUCAAUUGCUUUGGCCGAGGGUAUGCUUGGAGCGGAGCAACGGGCCUAAAAGUUGAAAUCAAGAAAACUAUUGCAGGUUUUCUCCUAUCAUUGGCAUUGCUAUUGAUUACUAGCAGAUAGGAUGGUCCAAUCUUUUUGAAGACAAAUUGCAAAUGAAUGAAUUCAAGAGCUGUAGAGGGCAAGAAACUCGCCAUAGUUUAUUCCAAAAGAUCUUAAGUUUUGAGUUAUGGAGUACUGCUAAGUGCUAACCAUGAUCCUUUGUACCAUUGCAUUAGAGAAAGAUACCAUGUGUGAACAAGGCCACAAUUUUUAUUUAGCUUUUUUGUACGGACAUCCCUUAACUUUUCAAAUUUGGCAAUUUGGUCCCAAUUCUUGUUUUUUCUGACAAUGACCCCCGUCAACUCCAAAAUUUUUGCAAUU